AUGAAACCGGCCAGUUACGACGGAAAAUUCAAGAUUUACAAUUGCAGCUGAAAGAGGCAACAAGCACCAACAGCCAGCUUAAUCUCGUGGUGGCUGGGCUUGAAAAAAGUGUCAAAGGCAACAGUCGUGCUAUUGGAUUGCUUCAAUCAGAGCAGGAAACGUUGAUGGAAAGGUUCAAGGGUGUAACUGCCCAACUUGAGCAACAAGUGCAAAGCCUCCACCAAUUCCUUAACAUACUUGAGGUUUUCCUUUCAAGGACACGAACUGCACUUUUCAGAUCUUACAAAGUCUUGGGAAAACUUGUUCCAAGUAGUACACUAUGCAGCGAAUACUUUGCCCUGCUUGGUGCAUUAGAAUGCUACCGAGUUCAUUUAGAAGUCUUCUCUAGUGUGGCACACCAGCAGAGGCCUACAAGAUAA